AUGGGUAUUGACAUAGCAGAGCGGCGACGUCUGCGGACAGACACACGGAUCGAGGGAGAGAGAGAGAAAGAGAGAGGAACAGGUACAGAGAGAGAAAGUGAGAAACUAGGUGCUCUGUAGGAGAGGUUGUGAUUUGUCACAACACUCCACAAGGGAAAGUAGAUCUAUCCGGAACAGCAGAGAGGCUAUUUUUUCAGUUUGUGACAGUUUAUGAAAGUAACAGCGACGUUUUUGAUGAAUCCGUGUACCUGUUGCCUUCUACCUAUUCGUGAAGUGGAUUUCUCUAGUCCCCCAACACCAACACUGACUGAGCACAACUACUAGGACAAUUACAAUAUUCUUUGAGCGCUUGGAAAACUUUCCAAGGACACUGUCUGCCCACCCGGGGCAGCCCACCCAGACCAUCAGCCAUGUUUCAGAACCAGAGGAAAAGCGUCAAAGCUGUGAGGAGCAACAAGACAGCCGCUAAAGGGAAGGUGCUUUGUGAGUAUAGGAGGCUUUUGUUUAUUUAUUCUUAUUGCAAUCAAUCAAAUGUAUUUUAUAAAGCCCUUUUUACAUCAGCAGAUGUCACAAAAUGCUAUACAGAAACCCAACCUAAAACCCCAAACAGCAACCAAUGCAGAAGUAGAAGCACGGUGGCUAGGAACAACUCCCUAGAAAGGCAGGAACCUAGGAAGAAACCUAGAGGGGAAACAGGCUCUGAGGGGUGGCCAGUCCUCUUCUGGCUGUGCCGGGUGGAGAUUAUAAGAGUACAUGGCCAGAUUACGGCCAGAUUGUUCUUCAAGAUGUUCAAACGUUCAUAGAUGACCAGCAGGGUCAAAUAAUAAUCACAGUGGUUGUAGAGGGUGCAACCGGUCAGUAUUGUAAUGUAAUGUCAUAUUUUGCCUCAUAUUUCUAUGCUUAUUCUUCUGAUUAUCACAGUUUGCUAAUAGACUAUCACUAUCCAAGUGGCUAACCCAUAUCAGAAGGCUUUACAAACUCUAGCAGUUUCAUACCACCGCGGCAAGCCAUUGGUGUCAGAGGUUCGGAGGUGUUUCAGUUCUUCUUCAGAGUUGUUUUGUCAAACUUCUGAGUCUACGUAGCUUAUGUUCCCUGCCUCCUCCCUGUGUUUCUCUGCUGCAGGGAACAAAGCUCAGCAGACGAUAGCUCAGCGAUGUGGAGACCCGAAAGAGGGAGGGAAGGAGGGAGGAAAGGAGGAGAGAGGGAAGGAGGAGAACAUCAAGGAGAACAAGGAGAACCAGCUGAUGUCUGGUGGUGAUGUGGUGGAGGACGUUGAAGAGGUGAAGAGGCAGAGUGUGUUUGAUAAAGCCGUCUAUGACCUGGCCCACACGGAGAAGGUGAUGAACGACCUGACGUUCGGACGGAGGGUGGCCUUCUACGAGUUGAGAGGGGAGAUCGGCUGUGGAAACUUCUCCCAGGUGAAACUGGGCAUUCACGACCUAACUAAAGGUGAGACACAGCCCUGGAUCGUGGAACCACCUAUCAGUGGUGGAAAAAGUACCCAAUUGUCAUACUUGGGUAAAAGUAAACAUACCUUAAUAGAAAAUGACUCAAGUAAAAGUGAAAGUCACCCAGUAAAAUACUACUUGAGUAAAAGUCUAAAAGUAGUUGGUUUUAAAUAUACUUAAGUAUCAAAAGUAAAUGUAAUUGCUAAAAUAUACUUAAGUAUCAGAAGUAAAAGUAUAAAUAAUUUCUAAUUCCUUAUAUAAAGCAAACCAGACGGCAUCAUUUUCUUGUUUUUUAAAUUUACGGAUAGCCAGGGGCACACUCCAACACUCAGGCAUAAUUUACAAAUGAAGCAUGUGUGUGUAGUGAGUCUGCCAGAUCAGAGGCAGUAGGGAUGACCAGGGAUGUUCUCUUCAUAAGUAUGUGAAUUAGACCAUUUUCCUGCUAAGCAUUCAUAAUGUAACGAGUACUUUUGGGUGUCAGGGAAAAUGUAUGCAGUAAAAAGUAAAUUAUUUUAUUUUGGAAUGUAGUGAAGUAAAAGUAAAAGUUGUAAAUAGUAAAGUAAAGUACAUAUACCCUAAAAACCUACUUAAGUAGUACUUUAAAGUAUUUUUACAUAAGUACUUUACAACACUGCCACUUAUACAGGGCUCACUUGUAAAGGAUAUGUAAUUCUCAAUGUGACUUCUCUGGUUAAAUAAAGGAUAAAUAAAACAAUUAUACAUAUUGUAAAUGGCACAAAAAAAGCACACAAGUUCCUCUUGUAGUUUCCUUGGAAAAAUUACCCGUCUAUAUAAUGUCAAGUGAUGACAUGUUUCAUAUUAACAUGACUAUGAUAAGGUUUGAAUUCAUGGAUCCCCAGCGUAUGCACUUCCCUGCGGAGACAUGUUAACAUGGCUUGAUUACUUCACUAGCACGUUUUGCCUUCACAGUCUAGACCUCAAUAGCCUUUUCUCAUGUGGACUCAACCAGACUCUCUGGCUGGGAGACCUACAGCUUGCCAGCCACCUUGCCUUGCCAUUGUUGCCUUGCCAGUGUUGCCUUGCCGGUGUUGCCUUGCCGGUGUUGCCUUGCCAGUGUUGCCUUGCCGGUGUUGCCUUGCCAGUGUUGCCUUGCCGGUGUUGCCUUGCCGGUGUUGCCUUGCCAGUGUUGCCUUGCCAGUGUUGCCUUGCCAGUGUUGCCUUGCCAGUGUUGCCUUGCCAGUGUUGCCUUGCCAGUGUUGCCUUGCCAGUGUUGCCUUGCCAGUAUUGCCAAUCUUGCCUUGCCGGUGUUGCCUUGCCAGUAUUGCCAAUCCUGUGUUGCCACACUAAAUAAGUCUGGAGGAGAACAAACUAGGUUAAUCCAACAUGUGAGAAAAAUCCGAUGGCUAUAAUCUCAUUAAACUUUCAUUAAUCCCUGUCGAUUGUCUUCAGCCCCUUGCACAUGUCUCAGACUCAGUCACAAGCUUAUGUAUUGAGGACAGUAUUGAGGACCAUAGCCAUGGCAAGACGAGCUGAAAAGAGAUAAAGAGAGAGGAGAGCUUAGUGAAUUAUAAAUGUGAUGUCUCUAACGCUCUCCCUGCCCCCUUCUCUCUCUUCCUCCAUCUUGGAUUCCAACACCCAGAGAGAGUGGCAGUUAAGAUCCUGGAUAAAGUCAAACUGGACAAGAGGUCCCACGUGCUGUUUGCCUCAGAGAUCGGAUGCAUGGAGAGGCUGUCCCACCCCAACAUUGUGCGUCUGUACGAGGUGGUGGAGACGUUUAAGCGGCUGUACCUGGUCAUGGAGUACGCCAGUGGAGGAGAUCUGUUCUCACGCAUUACCACCAGGGGUAGACUCUCAGACCUGGAAAGCAAACUCAUCUUUUCCCAGAUACUGGCUGCAGUCAAACACAUGGUGAGUUAGCAACAUUAUAGUCUCACAUCGACUCUAACUACUACAGUAGCACUGUGCUGUAAGUCUGUCUAAACAACAACGGCCCAUGGAGGACCCCAUUUUAAAUAAGUGUUGGGUGAUACGUUGAUGUAUCCUUAGGGCCCUAACGUGCACACUCAGUCUCUGUGUACAAAUCUUGCUUUGUGUUUCAAGUAUUUUCUUCUUGUCAUCUUCCAGCACGAUAACAACAUAGUCCACCGGGACCUGAAGGCAGAGAACGUGUUCUACACCACCUCCUACUGCAUCAAGGUAGGCGACUUCGGCUUCAGCACCUCCUCGCGCCCCGACGACGUCCUCACCACCUUCUGCGGCUCCCCGCCCUACGUCGCCCCAGAGCUCUUCAGGGACAAAGGCUACGUGGGCCAGUCCGCUGACGUCUGGGCCCUGGGUGUACUACUCUACUUCAUGACUACUGCCAUGUUGCCCUUCAACGCUGCCAACCUCAGCCGGCUGAAGGUCUGCAUCCUUCAGGGCUCCUUCACCAUCCCAGCCUACGUGCCCGACCCCUGCCACCAGGUCAUCCAGGGCAUCCUGAGGCCCGUGCCCACCGACCGCCUCUCUGUAGCUCAUAUCAUGACAUACACCUGGCUGAAGGGCAUCGACUACCCCCAGGCGUACCCCUCCUCCCGCCCGACCCCAGCCCACCUGGCUGAGCCCUCCCGGGUCCUGAGUACAGACGAGCUGGAUGUCAAGGCAGCCCUGGAGAACCUGGGGAUAACAGAGAGUCACCUGGUGAACAACACCUGCCCAGACCUGAGGAGCCCUGUGACGGGGGCCUAUAGGAUCCUGCUGCACCGCAUCCAUAAGAGGAAAACAGUGGAGGCGGUGGGGUACAGCGCUGCGUGUCACAAAGACUUCCAGGUCAAGAGACGCUGGAGCGAGGGGACCUUGCCUCUGAUAAGGCCUUCUGCUGUGUGUGUAAUCAUGUAG